GUCAUGACGUCUGCCAUGGUGCCGAUCUGGGCGGCGGCCUCAACGCCAGCACGCUUCUGCCAAGGUCACCCACCAUCUCACCAUUUACAGGGACAAAACACACCAUCUCUUGAUCUGGCAAGCUGUAUCCUCUACAUAACACUAGCGAUUUCAUCGGAGAAAUUUCACCGGCCAACAACCACGUGAGUUGUGCCAAACAUAACGCUUUCACAACAAGCCUCAGCCUUUGAUCAGUAUCAGGCUGCCUCGCCAAAAGACACCGUUGCAGAACGCAACAUUGAUAGACUAAACUUGAGCAUCCUGAAAUCCAACCACAGACAUGGCAUCGCUGCUGAGGCAGCUUGUGGCAGGGCCAAGGAAAGGAAGUUCUGAAGCUGGUCUUGACCUCUGCUAUGUCACAGACUAUAUCAUUGUAACAUCUGGCCCAUCUCACACAUAUCCCAAAAGAGCGUACAGAAAUCCGUUGGACCAGCUCGUUGCCUUCUUGGACUCCAAGCAUGACAAAGACUGGGCGAUCUGGGAGUUUCGCGGUGAAGGCACUGGGUACCCAGAUGAGCUUGUGUACAAUCGCAUCCGUCACUACCCAUGGCCAGACCAUCACCCUCCACCAUUCCGCUUAGUGCCCCUCAUCAUGGCAAGCAUGCAGAACUGGCUGCACGGUGGCAGCUUGGAUGGCACCGAGCCAGCUACAUCUACCGAAAAGGACCCAAAGAGGGUAGCCGUGGUACACUGCAAGGCUGGAAAGGGUCGAAGUGGUAGUAUGACUUGCAGCUACUUGAUAUCACAGGAAGGCUGGAAAGCAGAGGAUGCCAUGGAAAGAUUCACUGAGCGACGCAUGCGGCCUAUGUUUGGAGCUGGCGUAAGCAUUCCGUCACAAGUGCGAUGGAUCAGUUAUGUUGAUCGCUGGACCAAGCAUGGCAAAGUAUACCGCGAUAGGCCCAUUGAGAUUCUUGAGAUACACACCUGGGGCUUACGGGACGGAGUCAAAGUCGAGAUCGAAGGCUUCGUAGAAGACGGCAAGCGGAUAGAGGUCAUACAUACCUUUAAACGAGACGAGCGCGUUGUAGUCGAGGGAGAUGCACCUGGAAGUGGCGGUAUAUCUGAGAUGGUCUGGGACAUGGCUGGAUACGCUACCGGCGGAAGAGCCGACAACUCUGCAGCAGCAAAAACAGAUCCUAAAGCUGUCAUUGAAAAGGAACAGGACCGGUCGACGACCCCUUCUCCACCGAACUUGAUCUCCAGCGAAACACCGCGUGUCGAUAGUGGUCUUUCGCAAAAGUCGUCAUCAUCACAGCACGACCAACCGGGCGGAAGAGCCGUCAUUUUCCGCCCUACCAAUCCCAUAAAGCUCGAUAACAGCGACGUUAACAUCUCCGUGGAGCGGCGCAAUCGCACACACAAAAGCAUUGGCCUUACGAUGGUAUCUGCCGUAGCUCACGUCUGGUUCAAUGUGUUCUUUGAAGGCAACGGACCUGAGCAAGGUGGCCAUGCCAAUGACAGCGGCGUGUUUACAAUUGACUGGGAAGCCCUCGAUGGUAUCAAGGGGUCUGCUAGGAAAGGAGCCCGGGCCCUUGAUCGCCUCUCGGUUGUAUGGCGCGUAGCUGACUCUGGCCAAACUGCCGACGAAGCUGGCAGCGACAUCGUGACUGCCCCUGCGGCAGGACAGCCUAUUCCUCAGGUCGAUGCGGCUGAUUGGCAUGGUGUCGCCAAUGGCGGAGAGCCAUUGUCUUCAAAGGACUUGGGGCUCAGAAUCCAGCAAGAGCACAGCGUGGAUGUCAGCAGAGCAAACAGUUAUCAUAGCAGCACCAAAGCGGAGGAGAAGGAAGAGAAUGGCGACACAGAUGGAGAAUUCAUAGGCGAGGUCAAGUCAAGUGGUCCAAGUGGUGAGGAUUUAGUCCUGGAUAAGGAAACGUGAUGUAGCCAUAGAACGCAUAUAUAAUACAGACUUUUAUUAAUGUUAUUCAUUACCGACAGAUGCCAUUAGUGAAACCGUCCCCGGCCGCGAUGAUGUCGAUCUCCGCGAUAGCCACCAUAUGGGCCGCCUCCUCGGCGGUCUCCUCUAUCUCUAUAUCCUCCCCGGUAUCCGCCCCUGCCACCCUGAUGAUGGUGAUCUCUCCCUCUAGGCUCUGAUGGCGGCGGUACAGGCUCCUCCACUUCAAUCUCAUACUCUUCGUACUCCUCCUUGUGGAAGUCCGCAAUAGUAUCCUGUUCUGCGCGCGCUGCCUCCGGGUCGAAUAUGAAGCGCAUCGUGCUAUCCUGCAUUCGCGCCACGCGCUUCGUUGACGACUCUGCGGGGAAAGACGCUGCUGUGGGCGAUGUAUCCGACGCUGGUGUCGCAGGGUGUGCACUGCCGCUGCCGUUUGUUUCACACGGCGGGCAGGUGUAUAGAUGUCUCGACUCAAAGCUCUUGUCUAGGUCAUUGUUAAGAUGGAUCUUGACGUCAAUAAACUUGUUAAGGUCGAAGAGAGCGCCAAUCUUGGUCGACUUGUGGUGCUGCACGUAGAGAUCGAGAAUGUCCAGCAUCGUCUCCAUGAUGCUGCUGCGGUGGUACUGCUUCCGCGCGGCGGCAAACUCGUUGACCUUAUCAAGAUGCUCGCCUGUGAAGCGCGCCGUCAGCUCAACAAUGGCCAUGGUCAUGGCGAAUGUGGUGCGCUUGAUGGGCACAAAGGUCUUGUACAUGUCGAGGCUCAUGGCGUAUGCGAUGUCGAAGAACUUCUUGGCGUCCUCGCCGCGACCGAGGAUGCUGCGUACAACUUUGACCAGGAGCUUCUGGGGGUAUCUUGUGCGGAAGUCGAAGCCGAUCGUCUCGAGGAUGAGGCGUUCCAGGCCAAUGACGACUUUGCCGGGCUGUUCGAAGAUCUUGUCGUCGGUGGCGACGGCUUUAUCGGGGUUUUUGACGAUGUAUGCUGCCGCGAGAAUGUCGCGGGACUUUUUGAUGGUGUCUUCUACUUUGCAGGCUACGAAGAGCGAGGCUAAAGCUGCGUCUUGGUAGUUGUACUCGGCGUCGCGAAAGUUGAGGCGGAACUUGUGAUAGUAUGUGCAGGCAGUGUCGAAGGUUCGAA